GACGUCAGAAAGAAAUAAAUAUUUAGAGAAAAAAGUUGUGAAAAUUUCUUGAGAAAAAGUUUAAAAAGAAAUGAAAAUGAGUAAUUCUUGGGGCAAAAUUAUUUUCCACUUGAAUUUAGUGUUUCUAUUAGCUGCAAGUGCUACUGAUGAAAGUGUAAACAAAAAGAAUGAUCUAAACACUAUAAAAGAGAGAAUAAAUUCUCGCUACUAUGAAUUUUUUAACGAAUUAUAUAGCAACAGAUAUUUAAUUGGCAAUUGCUCUUAUGAAGAUGAAGACUUGCAUGGUGAAGAUUUGUAUAAUACACAAAUCGAAUCAAUUGAAUCAUAUUGUAAUAAAACUAUUACAGCAAAUAAUAAUAAUAAAUUAUUAAUGUGUGAAGAAAGAAUAGAUAAUUAUUUAAUAUAUUUAAAAGCAGAUCUGUAUAAUAUGAAUUCAUGUAGAAAUAAAAACAAAACAUUUCAAGAAGAUGAUUACAAAAGAAUGAAUAUGUCGAAAGAAUUUUUAUUAAAAAUGCAUGACAAAAAUAUAACCUUAUUGAACCCUAAAAAUUUUCAUCUUUUAGAAUUCUACAACACUAUUUUGGAUUACUUGGAUAAAAAUAUCGAAAUCCUUUCUCAUUGUUCAACGACCAAAAUCACUAAAUUCAAUUUAUUGGUUAAAAACAUCAAGCAAUUACUUGCCAACCAUGCAACUAAUGACAAGGGAACAAACAUUUAUUACUAUCAGGAAAUUCAAAAAGAAUACUUAUCUUUUAAAAACUAUUCUAAAUACAUUGAUGAGUGUACUAAUUUAAAAAAAAAUGCUACAAAUAAUCAAAAUGCUAUCUACAAUAAUUGGAGGAUUAAAAAAGAGAGCAAGCAGUUUUUUUAAUCGAGGGCAAUAACUAUGUAUAGUAAAGUAGAGUUUUCAUAGUGUUUAAUUAAUUUUAUUAAAUAAACACGAGUAAUUUUGUAAAACAA